CCAAAAUCGAUCAACGGUUCUCUUAUAUUCAAAGCCCCCCCCAAAAAAAAGUAGUGAAAAAUGGAGUUGCAGUCUCCUCCUCCAUGCCCGCCCACCGUCACCAUCCGCCGCAACCCGCCGCGAAAAGCACGCCCCACCCCCAAAUCCGCCAUACCUCUCCGCGAGCCGCUGUCCUCGCCGUCCCUCUCGCGGAAAAUUUUCUCCGGCGAGGCUUCUGAAAACCCUAAAGAGGCUGACGCUAGCAUUGCCGAUCCUGCCUCCAGAACCCUCGCCGAGAAUCUCAAGGUGUUCUUGAGAAUCCGCCCACUGGCAGUUCAGAAAACGAGCAAGAAUGCUGCUGUUGAACCGAAGAAUGCUUGGCCCAAGAAUCCGAAAUUCAGGGGCAAUAAUUGCAAGCCGCAAGCAAAAAAGAGCAGUGAAUCGUGCGUGCAGGUGAAUGAAGAUUUGCGAUCUGUUACGGUUGCAACUCCUCAAGCUUUGCAGGAGACGAAGAGGAUAAAAUCGGAGGUUUACGAGGGGUUUUCGCGUGUGUUUGGUUCGGAAGCAUCUCAGAGCGAUGUGUAUGAGCAAAUGGUGGAGCCCUUAGUAGACGAUUUCCUAAAAGGAAAAAGUGGGAUGUUGGCUGCCAUGGGGCCUAGUGGUUCUGGGAAAACCCAUACUGUUUUCGGGUGCGCCAGAGAACCUGGUAUGGUACCACUCGCCCUUCGUCGCAUUUUCAGUGAACACGAAAAAAGUGGAAUGGGCUCAUCGAGGGCAUUUUAUCUGUCGAUGUUUGAAAUCUCGUCAGAGAAAGGAAAGGCAGAGAGAAUGGUAGAUUUACUGCAUGAUCGAGGUGACAUAUGCAUGCAACAAUCAGUUCUUAAGGGACUCCAAGAGGCAGUGGUUUGUGAUGCUCAGCGAGCUGAGUCCCUAAUUGCUCAUGGGAUGCUGAAACGUGCAACAGCUAUGACCAAUUCAAAUAGUCAGUCAAGUCGCUCACAGUGCAUCAUUAACAUCCGCUGUUACUCUGAGAACGUCAGUGAUGAAGUUGGUGACAAAUAUAUGAGCAGUAUGCUGACAAUUGUGGACCUUGCUGGAGCAGAGAGAGAAAAGAAGACAGGCAAUUUGGGAGCUAGACUGCAUGAGAGCAAUUUUAUCAACAACACCUCGAUGGUGUUUGGUCUUUGCUUGAGGUCAUUGUUGGAGCACCAGAAGAACAAGAAUAAGAUGCUGCAGAAGCACUACAAAAACUCCUUGUUAACGAGAUACCUGAAAGAUUAUCUGGAAGGCAAGAAGAGGAUGAUGCUGAUUUUAACAGUCAAACCUGGAGUCGAGGAUUAUUUGGACACAUCCUUUCUGCUGAGGCAGGCUUCACCGUUCGCAAAAAUAAAGUUUAAAGCACCAGAAGAGCCUGUAACUUUGACUAGCAACAAGAGGCCCAACCAAGCCUUGGCCCCAGCUGAGCACCUUAAGAAAGUGAAGUUAAGCGAAAGUGCAGUUUCACCGGUUAAUGAAGGAAAUACUGACAGAGGUUCCUUCUUACCGCGCAAAGGUUAUUGCAAUAUAUUAUGGUUAAUAGCACCUGUGUCUGAGACUUUGUAUUGCAUGUUAUGCUAUGGUGUUGUCCUCGUGUUGUGUAGUUUCUAUUUGAAGAUUCCUCAUACCUUAACUACUGCUUGGACAGAUAUUUCUGGGAAAGUGGUUAAAGAUCGACUUAACCUGAACACUGAGGAUAUAUCUAAUGAAACUUUAAAGGAGGUCCAUGUUUCAUCGGAUGGCUUUGUUGGGCUGGGGAUUAGAGAGGAAUCAUCACUAGUGGGGGAUUUCAGUAAAGUGAAGGGUGAAAAGAAUCGGGAGUACCAAAUUUUGCAAGGACUUUCAAAAGCUUUUUUAUCUGUUAUGAGACAGUACAAGACAAAGCUAAAGGAGGUUGAAACUGAAAAUUGCAAUCUAAGGGAUAGAUUAAUCGAUGAAGAGCGAAGAAGCUUUGACCUUGAGAGUAAACUGGCCAGUGAAAAGAAGAGAUUCAUUGAUCUAGAAAACAAACUAAGCGAGUUGAGGUGUCGAUGUACUUGCGAAAGUGUCUCAACUCUUGUGGUCCCAGUUUCAUCUCAUGAUGCUGCCUUCAAUUUUUCACAACAUGAGAAGGCUGAAAUGCACGAGGUGAACUUAGAAGUUCCAUCUUGUUCCUUAAAGCAGUUGAACGAAUGUGAAAAUGAAGAAAAAAUGGAUCCUUCUGCUACAGAUUCAGUUGUGACUUCUGCUUUUGAGCAUUACUCGCAGCAACUUGAAUAUAUCCGUGAAAGCAUUAGCAAGGAUGAAGGUGAAGAAGAAAAGGGAAUUGAAAAUUUCUUCCCAGCCGAUAUGUGUGUCCUAAGUCCAGAAUUUUCAAGAAGUAAUAAAAGUGCUGCGAGUUUGGCUUCUUUCGAAGCCAUAGAUGGUGUGUCUUCCAGCAGGAAAACGAGUGCAUUCAUAGAUAAUGAGUCUGAGCAAGAGGCUGUGAGCACAAGGAGAGAUGUAAAAAAUUUGGAAGCAGAGAGUGGGUGUGUAUCAAGCGAAUCAUGCCAUUCUACUGCUCUUGAGUAUGAGAAUUUGAGAAGUUCUCGGGAGUGUGAAGAUUCUAAAGAAGAGCCUGCUCAGCUUGAAGAUGGUCUAGCAGAUGGACUGUCGUUAGUUGAGGACCACAUUGUUUCUGUUGCAGCCAAUUCACACAUUAUUAUAUCUCCUGAAUCUCCCCAGAAAGACGAAAAGUGGCCCAAUAUUGAAUCUCAAAAGGAGCAGGCAGAUCCACUGGUCACAGUUCCACUAAAGGAAGGAUGGAAUGCCGAUAGCACAGCUAAAUUUGAGACUGCUUCCAGCUUCCUCUGUAUUGCUGAAGGAUAUCAGCAUAUUGAACAUCAAGGAUGAAAAUGACAAGCCAAAGGGAGGCAGAGGCAGAAAGAGAGAACCCUUGGACGACAAGAACAAAACACAAGGCAGCUUGUCACUUCUGAAUUUGCUCACUAAGUAAUAAACUUGACACAUGAGAAAGUCUAAUUCUCGAAAACGUGUAAGCUAAGCACAGCCAUAGGUUGAAAAAACGUUUGCUGUUCUGACUGUCAUUUGAUCUUGUACAUGAAUGAAGCCUCGUUAAAAAUGUGCUGGAUUUGAUUGGAUACUUAAUUUAUACAGUCUGGAUGAUUUUGUAUAUUGGAUUAUGGAUGGAUACUAGUUCCCUAUUCUAGCACAAUUUUUUUUUUUGUAUGAGUUUG